AUACUUGGUUCAUUUAAAAAGUUAAAGACACGUUAAAUUAGUCAAAAAAAUGUCUAUGGAAUUAGCCCAUUAGUUAAAAACAAUAUAGUUUGCUCAAUAACAAAAUUAAGCCCACAUUUUUUUUCCGGGAGGUCAACUACUUUAACGUGUCUAAAAUAAAUUAACCACUAUAAUUUAUUUUCGUCUUCUCUUUCGGUCGUUCUGUGGAAUCAAAACAAAAUUGGCAUCAAUCUUUAUCCAUCCUUUCGAUUUUAUCAAGGUUUCGAUGAUCAAAUUUCGGUCGUUCUGUGGAAUACAACAUCAAAUUUGAGCUCUCCAUCAAGGGAUGCAAACGCCGUUCUGCAAAGUUUCUUCUUCCUUUCUUCUUUUUUUUUUUGCGAAUGAAAAAUCGACAUCAAGGGAUCAAUUCACCGAAUCAAAACCGUUCAAUCUAUCACCAAAGUCAAUCGAUCUUCUAUUUUGAGAUAUCACCGAGGGGAGAAGGGAUUGCAAUGGAAAAGAUAAGUUUACUCGCUUUUAUAUAUAUUUUUUUAAAAUUAGGUCGUUCUAUUAACUUGUAUAAUCAGCAUUGAGAACCCUUUGUUUAUGUUAUUGAAUAAUGGAGUUUUUAUUUUUUCUGGACAGGUAGCAAUAAGUUUAAUCUUAUAAAGACAUAAUCAGGGUAGAAAACAAACCUGAGAAAACAUAAUCAAAAAGUUAUUGCAGAAGAUUGGAUAAAGGAGAUACUGCAAAUUAUUUAUUGGAAUAGUACACAAAACCAAGUUCAAAAAUUAAGGUACCCGACAUGCCUGCAUCGCAAAACAACAGAAGCUCUAAGGGAGAUAGAAUUGUAGCAGUAUAUAAGACACGUCAUGGUAAAAUCACAGACUAUUUGGUUAGUAUUUUUAUCACUAUGGCAGUAUAUAAGAUAUACAUCUAUGUUGUCUAUCAAAAGUGGACAUUUCUGAAUCUCUUGGCAUAUCUCUGUUAUUUGAGUUUGGCAUAUUAGAGAUUGGUGUGUGUUGUAUUUCAAAUGUGAGCUGACUUGGACAUGAUACAGUGUAGAUAGCUGAGAUUCCUGCAGAAUAAAAUGAAUUAGUUAAUGAAAGUAAAAACGUAUAGGCAUAGAAGACACUCUUUUGUUUUAUCUUUGAAUACUCUGGUAGUAAAGAAGAUGUACAUUUAGUUAACUGACUCCUUUUCUUUUGAUUAGGACUAUCUUUGCUUUCUUUAUAAGGAAACACUACACAUUUAACAACGCAUAUGUGAGUUGAAUGGAGUAAUAAACUUAGAACAUCAACAUAGGCAUAGUUUAGCAUAGAUAUCUACCUAGCUUGUUUUUAGGUUUAGACAUUGUUACUCGUGAGUGAGACAUUUAUGGGUAGUUUUUACUGGUAACAUCAUUCAAUAGUCUUGCAAAAACUGUACUCAAGGAGACAUCUUUAGUAUGGGAGGAAACGCGGAUUCUUUGUUUAGACCAUGAUUGUGAAGGUUUCCAACGACCAUCAGCUCCAAGUGGAGCAACAUGCUUUCUUUUCAUAGGAUAUUGGUGUAUCAUGAAGUAACAAAUGCUCGUUGGGUUUCAAAAAUGGAUUCCAACUACAGCACAUGUCAAGUAAGUUUCCACCUCUCUCUCACGCGUUGUAUAGUAAACACAUUUAAAUAUGAAUAAGAGCUUGAUCAUUUUGAAUACACUUAAGAAAUGAAUGACAUCUCUAUAAAGACUCAUAUUUAUUAAAAAUCAUCUUUAUUAGAACUCAUGAUUAUUGAAAAACCACUAAAAUCCCAGACUGAAAAGAAACAUAUAAUAGAAAAAUAAGAAAACAUGCAACCAAAUCCAUAAACCCACGCAUCCUUUAACUACUCCUCCACAUUCUUUUCCACUUUGAUUAUCUUAGAGCAUUGUUUCUUUGAAGUAGAAGACAGGUCAUCAACUUCAUUGUCUCCUUUUCGUUUAGACAGUGGAGUAGAAGAUAAACAUGUGUUAUCUUCACUUUCAAUGGUGAUGUAAGAUACCUGAAACAAAGAUCAUAUAAGAACAUUAAGUUCACCAAUACAAAAAUGCUUAAUCUUAUAUAUUAAAAAACAGAAAACAAAAAAUUACAAACCUUUCCUGAUGAACGAUUAUAUGAAACAACAUUAGUCAAUGUAUCUUCAGUAUUCUCUUCGUCAGACUCAGAUAUUAUUUCAUCAGCAGACCAAGUCUUGCCAAUGCUAAAUAUAUGAGAUCCAUAGUCAACAUUGUCUUUGCUCACAUAAACACCAAAUUUGAAAAUCUUUCCAAUUAACUCGUUAAUAGAGUCAGGUAUAUCUUCAGGAUCCUCAACCUAAAUAGUAAUAUAUAUACAACAUUAUAAAAACAAAAAACAAAAACAAUAAUAUAACAGUGUAAAGAUACCUUAUUGAUACCUCUUCUAGAGAACUAUCUAAGAGCACUUCAGCACUUACUCCAACAAUAGGUUCAACAAUAGUAUCAAGCAAUAUCACCUUAGUUUCACCAGUGUCAUCCUUUAUUAAUGGAUGCAGCUGAAACCGAAAUCAUAAAUAAAAUAGGUAAGUCAAAUAGAUUAUAAGCAUUUUCGGGCUUUUAAGAUGUAAGGAAUAUACUUAGGUGCAACAUUGGUAACUUCAUGUUUGCAUGAAUCGCAAUACCACAAAUAUUUCACAGGCAAAAUAUCCUUCUUAGCAAUGUUGGUCACCUUCUUGAAGUGACACUUAACACAACCAAAAUAAUAUCAUGCCCAGUAUGUAUCUAUUGCAUACAAUGUUCCCUUAACAAUGCAUUUUUCAAUCUAUAGAAAUAAUAUUAGUGUUAGUAAAUGCCUAGACUGGUUUGCUAAAUUUAGGGAUUAAAAAAUGAACCUCAGUUGCCAUUAUGAUAUCCAAGACUGUUCUAUCUAGAUAAACAAACCACUUAUCUUGUUGGCGUUUGUUCCCUUUAGGUUUUACAACCUCACCAGUACUAGUUGUGAGAGCAAGCUCAUCAUUUGGCAUCCUAAAUCACAAAAAAAAACUUUGCAUAAGGACGUUUAAAAAAGGUAGUUAUGAGAUUAGAAUAAAACGUACAGUCUUUGAUAAUCUUGCACAUCAAAUCCAGGUGGAUUGAUCUCCAGAGUUGAAGUUUCAAAUGAAUUUGUUAUCUGAACUUGUCCUACAUCAAACCAAAUAAAUUAUCGCAAUGAAUGAAAAUCCUAUUUUAAAUAUAUACUUUUCAUAUGUUUAGUAAAUAUCUUACCCUUGUAAACAUUGAUUUUAGCAAACCUCAGUAAGCCGAGAAAAUUUUGAUUCACUUGACCAACUUUGUAUGCAUACAAAAGGUGCUCAGCAAAACGACCCCAAAGACAACAUGCGAUUUGGUGAUUACUGAUAGUAUAUGAAAAAUAUAAAGAUUAUUACACCAUGUUUUGAUAUAUAUGAAAUGUCUGUAUGUGGAGAGGUGAUUCAAAUAAACUUACUUUGUAUCUGUCAAGGUAAGCUCCAGCUUCUUGGUUUCUUUACCUUACACUGGCACGACCUGCAUUUCCCCAAUAUCUAUGGCUUGACCAAUAACAUCUACAAACAUAUGAACAAAACCCUAAGAUUAGUUUAUAUAAAGAGAAGCAUAUACAUUUUCAACGAAAGCAAUUAUGAAAUACCAAUAAGAAAAUUGAGUCAAGUGCUCAGGUACUCUUAAUGAGGGAAAAAGUGAUCUAGCGUACUCUCAUGUAAUCCGCCAUACUCUUAUCUGUUUUCCUACUCUUCAACUCGAUGGUCAAAGUCGAAAGUGCCCCUCUCUACUUGACCAAUGAAAACCCUCUCUACUUGACCAAUCAAAACGCUCCUUUACUUGACCAAUCAAAAAAAGCGUGGUUUAUCUCUCUCUCCUGUCCAGGUGGAUUUUCUUAAUUAGUUUUAAUUUUUCUCUCUCCUCCCUAAUUGUCUCUCUUGACGGACGGCGAAGAAAGCGAAUGAAAGCUAGAGCGAUCAUUCGGAGUUUCUAUUGUAAGGGAGAUUGCGGCGAGCGUGGGUGCUGUAAUUGACCCCCAACCCAGGUCAGAUAAACUUCAGUUAAAGCAUUGUCUUGCUCUGUAUUUUAUAACUCAAUCCCAUCAUAGUGGACUCGAAUGAAUGAACUCAAUGCGGCUCGUUAGGUUGGGAUUUUUAGACAGUAGAUUUCGAAUAUAUGGGUCUUUGUGUUGUUAAUUGAGAGCUGUAUGGUGUGUUUGUAAUCAAAGUCAACAAGAAAUGUCGGGAAUCAAAGCUGAAAUCCAGAAUUAAAAGGGUGAAACUGGUAGACAAUAAAAGUGUAAAUAGGUGAAACUUUACUGUUGAGAAAAAGUGUAAACAAGUAUAAUUUAGUAGGACUUUAAUAGCAAAACUGUAUAACUAGGAUUAACUUUAAUUGUAUACUUUUAUUUGGUACAACAGAUAAUGGGUUAUUCUUCUACAAACAUACACUUUGACUAUGAUGGACAAUAUGCGAAAUCUGGAGAUGAUUAUGAAUGGAUUCCAAGCGAUGGUCGUUUGUAUGGUAUAUCCUUUAAGACAUCAUCAUUGGAUGAGAUCACUUAUUCCUGUUUGAAGGAGAGGAUAUGCAAGAAGAAGAGCAUAGAUCCGUGUUUAAAGAGGAUGAAUCUGAGUUACAUUCCACUGGUAGUAGAACCUAAGAGGCAAUCAUAUAUUUUGGAUGAUGAAGAUGUGUAUGUGUAUCUGACAUCAGUGGAUAAAGAGGGAAGAAGAAGUAUUUUGCAUGUAGAGGUCAUCGAAGAUAUGGAAAUAGUUCUAGUAAUGGAGCAACAAUCAGUAGUUGAGAAAGAAAGCUCAUAUGGUGGGAACUAUAGUGAGCUUGCGAGUGGAUUACCCGAAGUUGAAGGUAAUCAGGGUGCACUCACUCUAUUUCCUCGCAUUGAAGAAGCAGAACUAUAUCUGCCGGGGGCUGAACGGGUGGAGAAUGUUGUUAUAAAUGGAGAAGCCGACGAAAGGGGCAUUAAUGUUGUUAAUGGAGAAGCCGGCGAAGGGGGCAUUAAUGUUGUUAAUGGACAAGCCGGCGAAGGGGGCGUGGACAGUGAGGGAGACGUGGAUAACUCUAUGGGUGUUCGUCCUAGUUCGUACUAUGUUGAGCUCCCACGUGUUGCAAAAGAAAAUCCAGUGGUUAAAGAGUGGGAAGAUGGUUUGGGUCUUCAGUUGUUUCAAGAAUUUGAGAGUAAAGAAGCUGUGAAAGAUAUUAUUGAUAGAGCAUCACAGGAGAACUGUUUCGGAAUCAGUAUUUGCAACUCGGACAGGGGUCGAUAUGUGGUGAAAUGUCGGGGAGCUGAUGAAGGUUGUAAAUGGAGUGUGUGAGCAACAAAGAUAAAUAAUUCUGAAGCGUUCUCGAUUAGAACAUACAGGAAUAUGCAUUCAUGCUCUCGCGUAACUUUAAGUACUGGAAAUAAAAGGAAAGUUACACCAAGAUGUGUUGCAGCUAUAGUGCACAAGGAUUAUCCGGGACUAUAUGAGACACCAACAGCGAAAAUCCUGGCCGGUCUGGUGCAAAGGAAAGGCUAUUGGAUAAUGGUGAAAGUUUGGAUCCUGAGCCAUGGCAAUAAUUAAACAACCACCUUCAAUAGUCUUCAGGAAAGUUGCAUCCACAGUGAUGACUUUCCUCAUGUAUUCAAACCCUUCAAUGGAGGCUCCCAGCGCAACAAAUAGGUAUCUGAACCGGUUGUCUUUAUCCACUACCAAACUUGUUUUUGUAUCCGGGUUCGCCUUCUCUAACAUAUACAAAUAAGCAGGCAAUAUUCUAUAUCCCUUCUCGGGAUCACCAUGAAUAUCCGCAACAGCUAGUUUUUUUCCUCUCAAACAUGUCGUAUACGACGCUGAAAACUGUUAUACCGGAUUCGACGGAAUUGGUGUUUGUUUCAGACAUAAAUCCAAGUCUGAUAAAAGCUGUUGCUGAAGUGUAUCCGAUGUCUAAACAUGGGUAUUGUAUCUGGCAUAUAUCACACAAUGUGAAAGGUCAUGUCAAUCAUGGCAGGGACGAGGUUGCACUACUAUUCCGAAAGGUUGCAUGUCUUUAUUCAGAGCCUGAGUUUAAAAAGCAGUAUGACGAUUUUAGGGAGAGGUAUCCAUCGUGUGCUAGGUAUCUUGAUAAAAGUGUCGAAGUCGAACGGUGGGCGAAGUGUCAUUUCCCCGGUGCUAGGUACAACAUAGACACCUCUAAUUGUGCGGAGUCUUUGAAUGCGGUAUUUGAAAAGGCGCAAAGGAUGUCUUUAUUGCCUAUGAUUGAUACAGUUAUUGAGAAAAUGUCUGAGUGGUUCAACAGACAUAGGAAGGAUGCAGCAGAAGGACCGUCAUCUCGAAAAUUGGUUCCUUUGGUGGAGAACAAAUUGCAUAACAAAACACCGAAAGGUUCUAAACUUACAGUGACUCCGCUGAACACUUUUCAGCUUGAAUACAGUGUUAUUUGAGCAGACGGGAAGACUUAUUCCGUGGAUUUGCAACAUAAAACGUGCAGUUGCAGGAAGUUUGAUAUAGAUAAAUACCCAUGUAGACAUGCAAUAGGCGCUAUCAUUAAGUGUUUGAAGCAUGAUAGACCAUUACAGUUGAGUGACAUGUACGAUUUCAUUUCGAAAUAUUACUUCAUUACACUGUGGGCCAAAGCGUAUCGAAGGACUAUAUAUCCACUCCCUCAUAUAACUCAUUGGAUGGUUCCAAAAGAAGUCGCGGCGGCGAAGUGUCCUCUACCUCCAGACUACAAGAAAAGAAAGGGAAGACAUCAGGAAAAAAGGCAUCCUUCGGCGGGAGAAAGUUGGCCCCGUCCCCGUCCUAAUAAGUAUAUCCCGAAUAGGGGUCUGGCUAGCUAUUUCAACUGCUCGCAGGGAACUGAAGGAACUGAAGGAACUGAAGGAGCUGAAGGAACUGAAGGAGCUGAAGGAACUGAAGGAACUGAAGGAGCUGAAGGAGCUGAAGGAACUGAAGGAACAGAAGGAACUGAAGGACCUGAAGGGACUCAAGGAACACAAAGCACUCAAGGAACUGAAGGACCUGAAGGAACAGAAGGAACUGAAGUGUUAUAUGAAUGUGAACCUUAGUGAAACCUGAUUAAAGUGAUUUCGUUUUAUGUUUGUAAAACUUGGUGAAACUUUCGUUAUGUAACCUUUCGUUAGUUGAUGAUUUAUAUUACAGUUGCGAUGACAUAACUUAUCCAUGUUCUAGGAAGAUGACGUGAUGUAUUCAACAUGUUGUGAAAUCCGAAAAAACUUCGAGUGAAAAAAUUAUAAUCUGGAACACAUUUUCUGUCGAAUGGGAAGGGAAUACAUCAUUGUUAGCUAUAUUUUUUGUAUACACUACCUCGUGGGAUUAGAAAAGUUACAUAUGUCACGAAAUCAAAUUUUAUUCUACAUGAGCACAUCUAAAACGUUGAUAGAAAAUAGAAUAUAUCAGGUAUAACCAUAAAAUCAAUCAUCUAAGUACAGUAAAACCAACAAAAUCGGAAAAAACAGAAAAGUAAAACUUUAAAGGUUUUUGUAUAACUACAAACUAAGUGAAACUAUAAGCACGAAAAUCCUUCACCAAAAAAUCCCGCCCCAAUUUUUUGAAUUUUCCCACCCAUUUUUUCGAUUUUUGACUUUCCACAAAAUCGAUGCGGAGGCGACGUAGACGUGUAUUAAACCCGCCAUUUACCUCAGCCAAUCUCUCUCUCUACUAUUCAAUCGCUCUCUAGAUUUCUCUCUACAAUCGGUCCCUCUUCUUUCUAGAUUUUUAGGUUACUCAAAAUCAUGACUCAUCCAGACAAGGAGUAUAGGCAGAUGAAGGCUUGGAAGAGAGACACCAACAUGCUUGGCUGCGUGGCGGAUGCCGAGUGUGGGAUUCCGACCAGAUGCCCUUGUGGGGGGACAAUCAUCAACGAGGUGUCUCGGAACCUGAAGUAUCCAACCGAUUUUGAUACUUUACCGGGGAGAAAAUACUUCACUUGCAAAAAUUAUGAGGUAAUCUAUGAAAAACGCCCAGAUUUUUUAUUUAUACUUUCGGGUUUUGAUACAUUCCCGUUUUACGUCUAGAAUGAUGGCUUCCAUUUCCGUUAACCAUGGGUCUUCGGAGUCCAGGAAGAGGUUGAAAUGUUAAGGAAGCGUGUGGAUGCGAUGGCUGCAGAGAUUGCUGAACUGAAGUAUAAUCUAACCCGUCAGAAUCCCACCACUCCAUGAGAUGCGUCCGGUCCAUGACAUUACUCUACUAUCUGUUGUUGUUGUUUGCUUGAGAUUAUGUUCUUAUGUUGUUGUUGUUUGCUUGAGAUUCUGAUUAACUAAGACUCUUCGUAUUUACUAAAGUUUCCCUAUUCUCCCUCAUUCACGAUCUACGAAAUAUCAUAAAUUAACGAAGUUACACUAAGUUGAAAGUGAAACUUACUAAAGUUUCCCUAUUCUCCCUCUUUCACGAUCUACGAAAUAUCAUAAAUUCACGAUGUUACACUAAGUUGAAAGUGAAACUUACUAAAGUUUCCCUAUUCUCCCUCAUUCACGAUCUACGAAAUAUCAUAAAUUAACGAAGUUACACUAAGUUGAAAGUGAAACUUACUAAAGUUUCCCUAUUCUCCCUCUUUCACGAUCUACGAAAUAUCAUAAAUUCACGAAGUUACACUAAGUUGAAAGUGAAACUUACUAAAGUUUCCCAAUAUAUAACAUAAGUCUUAAAUACCAGUCUUCAACAUGAAUAUCCUUCAACAUCAAACAAGAAAGUCAUACAAACUGAAUAGAGUUCAUCCACAUUAAAACAACCACAUACGGAAUUCACUCGAUCUUCUUACCUACUUUCUUUGUCUUCGGCUUCUUCUGCUUCUUCUUAGCUGGUGCCUUCUUUUUAGCUGCUGCCUUCUUCUUAGCUGCCUCCUUUUCAGCUGCUGCCUCGUUCUCAGCUGCUGCCUCCUUCUCAGCAGCUGCCUUCUUCUUAGCUGCCGCAGCUGCCUUCUUCUUAGCUGCCGCAGCUGCCUUCUUCUCAGCUGCUGCCUCCUUCUCAGCAGCUGCCUUCUGCUGCUUUGCACCUCUGGUCCUCUUCUCUGCUGUCUUCUCCUCUGCUGCCCUGCUUCUUAGCUGAAUGGGACUCCUCACAUUAUCACCACGCUCCACCUUAACCUUUUUUACAGGAACUGCUUCUUUGCCAUCAUCUUUUCUCGACCUCUAUUUUUUCGUGUUUACAGACUCUGCUGCCUUAGUCUUUAAUUUUUUCUCGGCCUCCAUAGCAUGUGCAUACUUCUCCGCAUCAUCACCAUCCAUGUCAACAUCACCAUAUUCCCUCUGCACAUUCUUUGAAAUAUCGAGAAUGGCAUCUUCAACAUUAUUGUCACUACCAUCCUCUUCGUCUGGCUCGUUAUUGUCACCACCAUCGUCUUCCUCCGACUCCUUAUCCCCACCCACAUCACCAUCCUCUUCCUCCGACUCCUUAUCCCCACCCACAUCACCAUCCUCUUCUUCCGACUCGCUAUUUUCACUACCAUCACCAUCAUCUUGGACCGCCGGAUUGUCACUUCCGGGAAUACUCAACCUAAGAAUUUUCACCUCCUCUUCUAGAAGACCUAGCUGCGUAGACAAUGAAGUGACUUUUUCCUUCACUCCCUUCAUAGCAUCUCGAACUGCAUCUCGGACUGCAUUCAUAAGCCGACCUUCCAUCGCUUUUAAAGCCUCAGCUCCAAGAGUAGCUCCAGUAGCCUCCACCGAAUCUGCAUGAGCCUGACCAGAUUGUGCAUUAUUCGAUGGUCCUCCGAUAGGAUUGGUGGGACCUUCAAUCUGACCUGUGCGAGACUCAAAAUCCAUGCGGAACUGUUCUUCAAAGAAAACUUGUUUCUUCCCUUUCCGUAUUAUCUUCGUCCAACGAUCAACUGCUGCAUCAUCGGCGUCAUCGGCCCAACAACUCUCCUUGUCCAUUCCUAUGGUUUCCAGAAGUUCCUCCUCAGCUGCUGUUGCUACCAAGAUACUCUCAAUAUCCUGUGGUAAAAACACAAAAAAGACUAAUUACCUUAGUUUCACCAAGUUUUCAUAAGUCUCAUAAGUCCCUUCUCCUCAAUUCGACUACACAUAAAAUAUCAAUUACCUUUGUAUUAUUACCAAGUUUAUCGUUCACAGCUUUCAGACUGAAUUCCUUGGUUCCACUUUUCCGUUUGUACUGCAUCUUGCACAUCCGCGGGCAAACCACUGCUUGCACCAUUCACAUCUUCUCGGAAAUGGUUCCUCAAGCAUGGAAUUGCCUCAAAGGCCAACAACUACCAACACACAACAAAAAGACAUUAACAUCAAUUAAACAACUAUGUUGAAGAGAGCUUGAGAAUAUCUCCAGAGGGAUAGGAAAGCUUGUAAAAACUCAACUCGUCGCCGCAACCCCGUCGCAUUUCUCCAAAAAGCUAGAGACAUCCUUCAAGUUAUGUUCGAAUGCAUACCGCCCCCAAGGAAACGUUACACACGCAUCUAGGUCAUCAACAACACUCAGGAAGAAACUGUCCACAGGUGAUGCUCCCUCACCACUCUUUCGGCCUCCGACAAGGAUGCUAGCUAAGAAGAACAGAACUGUCAUCUUCUUACGAUCCUCAGAUGGCUUUGAUUUCAUUGCCAACAGCUGCUUCUCCAGGUCAGCGUAUGUUACCCUUCUCCCUCCAAAAUACUUGCUCAUGAAUGUUGUACCACCCAACCUCUCAUGGUUGGGGGGAUACUCAUGGCAGUAUAGACCAGAAAUGAGUCCUAAUUCUCUAAGAGAAUAUCGGAUUGGGACGCCAUUAACAACAAACCAUAACUCAUGCUUCUUCGCAACACAAGCUGAUCGCAAAACGAGAACCCACAUUCCCAUCCACUUCUGCUUUCGGUUUUUAAUAUGGAAGAAAUGUUGGAAUUGUGGGUGCUCUAUGAACCAUUCCACCUUCUUCUCUUUCAGGAUCGUUUGAAUAGUUCUUAUCGCCGUGUCAAUGUAACACUUUCCUGAAAGCUUUAAAGACUUUUGAUAUUGGCUUGAAGGAAAGUGCAACGUCAGCGGUAGCAUGCCCUCUUCUUCGUCAUCUACAACCUGCACUCAAGUGAGAACCGGAUCACGUACGACAUCUUACAACCAUCAACAUAUAGUUUCACAAACUUUGACUUAGUUCAGCAAUCACUAACUCUAAAUUCCACUUAGUUUUCCACACUUAUCUAAUCUUUCAAAUCAUCUACGUAAAAGUUUUCAAUUUCAAUACUUACCGAAUCUGCAUGCGACUCAGUUUCAUGUUGUCGUCCAAAUGGAAUUAUCGCCCUUUCAUCAGCUUCUUCGUCGUUUCUUCGGGGCUCUAUUUCGUCUCCGACUUCCUUCUCUUUUUCUCCUUCGUCUCCGACUUCCUUCUCUUUUUCUCCUUCGUCUCCGCCUUCCUUCUCUUUUUCUCCUUCGUCUACUUUUCUUGAUUCCUCCCCUUCAUUUUUCUUACUUGAUUCUUCCUCUUCACCUUUUCCACUUGCAUUUUCUUCGCUUUCAUUUGCAUCUCGGGGACUUUGGUCGGUUCCUGGGGCGACAAAUUUGUCGAUAAUCCUUGGGUUUGCUUCAUCUCCGGAGAAUGAACCCAUUGCCAUUUCAUCUCCUACUACACUACUCGAGCCGUCUUCUUUUGCCUUCGUAUCGUCUCGAUUCAUCAUGAUUUGGGUUUUUGAUUGUCGAUUGAGGAUUCGAAUUGAGUAGGGUUUUCAGAGAACUCGAAAUUAAAUUCUACAGCUAUUCACUUAGUGGAGUACUUAGUGAGAGGAGGGGAAACGUUUUCGGGAAUUCAAUUUCUGGAAGUGGAUAUCCGAUUUGUUUGGGUCGGUUCUGGGUCCGGGUUUGGAUAGUCCUAGGUAGAGUUGUAAUUAUGGAAGUUUCUCUUAGUUUCGUUGUCUUUUAAUAAAUUUUCUGAUUUAAUUAAAGAUAUAUUAAAUUCCAAAUCCGGUCAGUUUCGGGCAGGAGUAUCUCAGCUCUUUUUUUUCCGGGCAGGAGUACCUGCGCGUUUGAUUCGAAGCCUUGAAUCAAGGCUUCCAUUCGUGAUUUCUGAAAAAGUAGUUAAAGAUAAAAAAAACUAUCAUCAUUUUUCAAGGAUGAAUUAGUGACGUUGGAGUGACUUGUGAUGGAGAUUUUGUAUUCAUGGCUCGUCGGUUUAUACUUUCCGCCAGAAGGAGUUACAAAGAAGUUCUCAAUGAACCUCCAUUGCCCAACCUGAAGCUUCUUAAAACGAGGAAAGAAGAUUCUCUUAUAGGUAGUGAUCGCAGAAGACAAAAAACAACAAUUUAUAUAAGCAUGAUCGUCAAUCAGAGUUAUGGUAUUAUAGGACUUGUAUACUAACAUGAUCGUCAAUGCUGUUAUGGUAUUAUGGGGCUUGUAGUAUAAGAAGAGAGGAUCAUGUAUAGUAUCAUGAAGAUAACGUACCGGUUAUUAUAAUAGUAGACAACGUGCCGGUUUAGGUAGUUUAAUGAACCAAAGAUGAUCGAUGAUAAUAUUAUUACUAUGUUGGUUUAAAUUAAGUUGUAAGUUAAGUUGAUAUAUCCAAGGAACCAAACACAUUUACA